GAGAGCAGAGGAGCACAAGAGGAGGAACUCACCCAGGACUAAAACAAGACUAAACCAGGUCUAAACCAGGAACUGCAUCAGCACAACAACUGUCAGAGAGAGAGCAGAGGAGCUGAAGACGAGCUGAGACAGAGGAGGAACACACCCAGGACUAAACCAGCGAUGGCAGAUCCAGCGCCUCAAAGUCCAAAAUCUCCAGGACCAGAAGCCCCAAAUCCAGGUCCUAGUCCAGGUCCUAGUCCAGGUCCUAGUCCAGGUCCUAGUCCAGGUCCUAGUCCAGGUCCUAGUCCAGGUCCGAGUCCUAAUCCGAGUCCUAUUUCAAGUCCGAGUAAAGUCCUGGAGAAGCCUAAAUUCAACGGCACCAGUGAAAUUCCACAGGAGGACUCAACUCUGACCCCAGAAUCCAAGACCGAGUCCGAGUCAGGUCCUGAGGAGGAAUUAGAGGACCUGUCCGACAGCGUUCUGUGCGACUCCUGUAUCGACAUUCCCCGCCCCGCUGUGAAGUCCUGUCUCACCUGUCUGGUCUCAUACUGCGAGGCCCACCUGAGGCCACACCUGGAGAACCCGAAGUUCUCCCAGCACAAGCUCCUGGAUCCUCUGCGCGACAUCGAGAGGAAAACCUGCGAGGUCCACAACGAGGGCCUGCUCUGGUUCUGUGUGCCCGACCAACAGUGCGUCUGCGAGGGCUGCAUGAGCGAGGACCACAGGGGCCAUGAGCUGAGGAGCGUGGAGCAGGCCAGGAGGGACAUAGAGAGGGAACUGAAGAAGAAACAGAACGAGAUGGUGAAGACUGUGACAGCGGCUGAAAACGCCAUCAACAAACUGCAGAACAACACCGUGUCCAUAGAGAACUCUGUGAUGGAGGUGCGUGCCGUGGUGGAUGCUCAGUUUGAGCGCCUCUCUGCGGCCCUGGAAAAGACAAAACGUUCCCUGAUGGAGCUUUUGGAGACCGAGGAGAAGCAGGCGGUGAAACAGGCCGACGGGAUCCGAGUCCAUUUGGAAAAUCGGCUCUCGGACCUCCGGAAAACCCAGGCACAAGUCCAGAAGAUCAGCCGCAACAAGAACAACCUCGACUUCCUGCAGGAGUACGUAGCGUGGAAGCAGGAGGGCGCAGACACUUCUCUCCCCGGUGUCUACAUCGGCCUCAUGGACAGUUUGAAUUCUGUCAGUAAAAUCAUCACAGACUCGACGGACAAACUCUGCGCCGCCAUGGAGACGGAGUUCACCGACAGGGUCACGGAGGCCUGCUCCAACGAUGAGUCUGGUUUGGGGAUAAAGACGACUGUUCGGGCGAUGGUCGCGGUCAAACACAGCCAGAGUUUACCAGACCCACAGAACAGAGCCGACUUGCUGCAGUACGCCAAAUCGUUCACGUUUGACUUGAACACGGCUCAUAAAUUCCUGCGUCUGACGGAGGAGAACCGUAAAGUGACGAACACGACGCCAUGGCAACACGCGUACCCGGACCACGAGGAGCGCUUCGACCACUGGAGGCAGGUGCUCGCCGUGGAGUCCAUCUACCUGGACCGAACCUACUACGAGCUGGACUUUAGCGGAGACGGGACCUACCUGGGCGUGGCCUACAAGAGCAUCGAACGCAAGGGCAGUGAGAGCACCAGCUGCCUGUGCUCCACCAACAGCUCCUGGUGUGUACAGUGGACAGGUAAGUCCUUCUCAGCGUGGCACAGUGACGUGGAGGUGCACCUGAGCGCUGACUCUGCCCCGAGGUUCUCGCGCCUGGGCGUGUACGUGGACCACGCCGUCGGCACGCUGCGGUUCUACGGUCUGCGUGCGUCCGAGCAGGAGGGAGAGACGGAGGCCGAGAUCAUGCUCAUUCACGAGUACAAGGCGGAGUUCAGGGAGCCGCUGUACCCCGCCUUCUGGCUGUCCAAGAAGGAGAACACCGUAACCAUGGUGACGCCUGGAGAGCCCCUGAAAAGCACAUCACCGUCCCCUCCGACGACCUCCACGACCUCGUCCACAAACCCCAACAAUGGCAAUAGUACCAACGCUAAUGCUAACAACAAUAAUAAUAAUAAUGGGAAUAAUGCUAACACACCUCCGCCAUCCUCUCCAACCAAUGUCUCCACAGCUGCUAACACUGCUGAAAGUGAAGCUAGUGCUGCUGACAACUGCUAAUGCUAACAAUAACAAUAAUAAUAAUCAUGGGAAACCUAGCACCCCAUCGUCUCUAACAAAUAAACCAGCAGCUUAUUCUAAAAGUGAAGCUAAAACUGGAACAGCUAAUAAAGAAAAAGCCAAAUAAGUAAAACACGAAACAGUGAGAGAACUGCUUUAAUUCAGAAGAUUUAAAUAUUAUAUUGUAAUUUGUCCCAUAACAAUAAUACUAACACGCCACCUCCCUCCUCUCCAACCAAUGUCUCCACAGCUGAGUAUGGAGCUAACAGUGCUAAAAGUGAAGCUAAUAAUAAUAAAGCUAAAGGGAAGCUAACCCCUGCCCCUUUUUCUCAAUCAGGAAGCUCAACAGCUUCUAAAAGUGAAGCUAACAUGAAGCUAAAGAUGCUAAUAAUGGAACAGAAACAACCAAAUAAAUGAAAACAUGAAACAGUGAGAGCUGCUCUGCAAACUCUAGGAAUUCUGAAAUUACUUUAAUUCAUAAGAUUUAAAUAAAAUAAUAACAUAUUUUUAUUUACAUUUUUGUUUGGUUCCCCCAAACAAAAGACUGCUGUGAAUUACAUAUUUUAUAUACCUUUCCACUAACUAAGCUAUACUCCGACUGUGGAUUAUUUAAGGUUAGGGCUAAGGUCCACUCUAUUGUCCUUGUAGGGAAAUUCGACCUCUGCAUUUGACCCGUUCUUCAGUGUCUCGAGAUUAAACCUGUAUUUAACCCUUUAGGGCCAUAAUAUUAGAAUCAUUAUUUUUGUGUUUUAUUUAAUUUUUUUACACCUACCAUAAAAACUAGAUUAAGUGAAAGAGGACUGAGGAGUGGGUCACUGGCAUACGGUCUACGGUCACUGGUCAUCUUAUGUGUUUUGACUACUCUUUAUUUUUAUUUUUCCUGUUUUUUUGUUUGUUUGUUUUUUGUUUUUGUUUUUUUUGGGGUUUUUUUUUUUGUAUUCUUACACUGGAUUUGCUGUUCUCAGGAUUUACAUUUAAAAGGUAAAAUAAUUUCAGAAUUUUGAACAAAACAAACUGUGCCAAAUGAAUCAUGUUUACAUUUUAUAUUUAUCUUUUUUUUUUUAUAGGAUUUUAAGGGGUUUAACUGAACUGUAAACUACUGUCUGUUACUGUGACUAAAACUUAAACUACUGCUGUUACAGAAAUAAACAUUUUCAGAACCA